CUGCAGCGAGCGAGAAGGCUCGUAAACUCUGCUGAGAAGAAGCCCCGCUGCCGAAGCCCCUCGCUGGACUCCAGAGAGCGCUAUGCUGCCGGCCGAGGGAGCGGGGCUGCAGGAGGAGUAGCUGCAGCAGCAGCAGCAGCCCACAAGGCGCAGGCAGGGCACCGGACCCAAGAGGGGCGGACGCUGCCUCUGCGCGGCUGAUGGGCUCACUCCAGCCAGCGGCCAGCUGCAGUCAGAGCCACGGCGGGGCCCAGGUAGACUAAAUUUCUUCAGGUGAUCUUCUAACUGAUGGCUUGACAUCCCCAGACUGGGCAAAGUUCAGCAUUAUGGAGAAUACAGAAGCAGGUGACUGGGCACCAAAAGCAGAAGAUAUAGAUCCCCCAAAAAGUCCUUAUUCUGUUGAAACACCCUAUGGCUUCCAUUUAGAUCUUGACUUCCUGAAAUAUGUAGAUGACAUUGAAAAAGGAAAUACAAUGAAGAGGAUUCCAAUUCACAGGAAGGCAAAGCAUCCAAAAUUCAGCACACUGCCCCGAAAUUUCAGCCUUCCAGAAAAUGGAUCCAAAGCCUACUCAUCCUCUCCAAAUAAGAGCUUGUUCACACAAAGAAAGGCCUCCUUAGGGGCAAAGGAAAGCCCCCUUCUUGUCACAUCCAGUGACACAUCUCCAUUUUCAGCCCAUCCAAAUGAGCCAAGCUGUAGAAGAAAAGCCCUCUUAAAAGAGACUGUCAAACAAGACUCCAUGCAUCAUGAUGAGGAGACGAGCAACUGCAGAGGGAGGCCUCAGCUGCUGAGGGCAUCUAGUAUGCCUGCCACACUGCCACCAAGCCAACAUUCAGAGGAAGAAACUCAACCAGCAACUUCUCCGCCAUUGACAUAUUUUCAGCCUUCUGAUGGAAAGGGGGUAGAAUUUGAUUUUACUGCUGCAAACAAAUCAUUGGACUUCGAUCACUCAAAAGGUUCUUCAUUAAUAGCCCCUAUAGAUGUAAAACAUGUAAAACAGCACAUUAAUAUGGCAGUCCAGGAUAGCGAAAAGCCUACUGGACAGCAGGAGAAAACUAUCCUUGUGCUAGACCAGCAACAGACAGAGCUUCCUAAGGAGGAAGUACAACUCAAUGCUCCAUGGGAAAACCAACACUUAAUAUCUCAGGAAUUGCUUGUGGUUACUGAGAGUGUAGAUGAGGAAUGUGAUGCAGCAGAGACAAAUCCUUGUCCACCAUCAGUCCAGAGUGGAUUGACCUCUUCCAGGGCCUUGGAAUACAUGCCUGAAAACCAGAUUCCAAAAGAAAUAGAAUUAAACAUAUGUGAGACUGUUCCAGAGGUACUAGAGGAGGAUGAGGUUACAAGUUCUGAUACUAGAGAGAAGGAAAUAAACUUGAAUCUUGAGCCUUUGCCCUCUGAAGAACCAAGCAAGAUUAUAGCUUUAAAGCAGCAUAUUGCCAUUCUAGAGAAGCAGCUAAAUAACAAAACUGAAGAACUUGAGCAGAUCCGAGUAGUUAUGAAGCAACAGGAUAAGGAGAUCAAAGCAAAGGAGAGGAGCAUUGAAAUGCUGGCAAGCUCCAGAGCACAAUUAGAAGAAAAACUCUGCUUCGAGGGCACCAAAGAAAUUAAACCAACCAUGCAGGCUAAAAGUGUCCACCAAUACCAUGAUGUCGCUGUGAAUACUGAACGUAUGCAUGACAAGGUAACCAAGGAGGCAUCUGACAAAGGGGUCAAUGUAAGCAUCAGUGUACCUACAGAGUCUGUAGGGUGUGAGGUGGAAUAUGGAGCUGAUAAUAAGAAUAUUCAGAUCAAAGACAUAAGCAGAAAGCUCUUCCAUGCAGACCAUGAGAUAUCAAGCAUUUCUGUUAGUUUGGGGAAGUCCGAUGGCACAUUUUUUCAGAGACAGAAAGAGAUGGAAGGGGAUAUUGACUCUUCCACCCUUGAAGGAAAAUUCGGUGAGCUGAAGAUUGAUGAACACAUUGAUAAUAGCAACUUUCAGAAUGAAGUAUACGCUUAUGAAACACAGUUUUCUGCUACUAGUGUUUCAAGUGGAGAAAGCUGCUCAGGGAUUGCUGAUUCAGAGAGAGGAGGAAAUAAAAGUGUUUUUAAAGAGUUUAAGCAAGAUCUGAAUGAGGAGGAAAGCUGCCCAGAACCAAAGGGUUCACCUGCAGAUCCCACCGUAGGCCAGUAUGUAAAAAAAAUCCAGGACCUUUUACAAGAGCAGUGGAUGUGCCUAGAACACGGAUAUCCAGAACUGGCCAGUGCAAUAAAGCAACCUGCCUCAAAGCUCAGUUCCAUCCAGAAUCAGCUCGUAAAUUCCUUGAACUUGCUGCUCUCUGCCUACUCGACACAAACUCCAACAGACAAGGAGAAUUCAAACACGCAGUAUCAACAGUUGGAAAUCUCUCCAAGCACAAGUCUUAAAUCUAUUAUGAAAAAGAAAGACACUGGUUUCCAUUCAGGAGGUAACGGCACCAAAAAGAACCUUCAGUUUGUUGGGGUAAAUGGUGGUUAUGAAACAACAUCCAGUGAAGAUUCAAGUUGUGAUGAAAGCACCUCAGAAGGGAAUUCAGAUAGUGAAACUGAGAGGAAAUAUGGCCAUGAUGAACAUAAAUGGCAGGAUGAUGGCACUGAAGGUGAACAUCCAGCAUCUGGAACUUCCCAGAAUAUGAGAAGAGACUAUAAAGAUCCAGAAGAACUAGAAGGAACCUCAAGAGCAAGCUCUCAGCACAAGAUAGAGAGAUUUAAACCCUCUGCAGAUUUUCUGAAAGGAUGCCAGAUCCUGAGCAAACAGCUGUCGGAAAUAAGGACCACCAAGGACAAAUUACUGAGACACACUUUAAGCACCAUCUGCCAGGAGUGGUUCCGAAUCUCAAGCAGGAAAUCCUCCAGCCCGGAAAUUGUUGCAGUGUAUCUCCAAGAAGUCGAGGCAAUUCACCCACAGUUACAGAACAUAAUUGUAAACUUAGCUGAUGGGAAUGGAAAUACAGCACUUCAUUACAGUGUUUCUCAUUCCAACUUUCGGAUUGUGAAGCUUCUUUUAGAAACAGGUGUCUGUGAUGUGGACCAUCAAAAUAAAGCCGGGUAUACAGCAGUCAUGAUCACACCACUAGCAUCAGCAGAGACUGAUGAAGAGAUGGAAGUAGUCACAAACCUGUUGAAAGAAGGCAAUGUUAACAUAAGGGCAAGUCAGGGAGGCCAGACUGCCUUAAUUCUGGGGGUGAGUCAUGAUAGAGAAGAUAUGGUGAAAGCCUUGUUGUCAUGCGGUGCUGAUAUAAAUCUUCAAGAUGACACUGGGUUGUCACCACUAAUGGUUGCUUGUCAGUACAGUAACAUCGAGAUUGUAAAGCUUCUCUUGACCCAUCCAAGCUGUGAUACCACAUUAAAUGACAAGGCUGGUAAUUCUGCUUUGUCCAUAGCUGUGAAAUCUGCCCACAUGGAAAUUGCAGAGCUCCUCCGGACCCACAUAAAGCACAACCGGCCUCUGAAUACAUAAAGGGAAAUAGAACAUUCUAUGUGCGGGAAUGAGAAAUUGAUAACAAAAGACUCAUUCUUUUAGCCAACUCUGUAACCAAUUUAUAUGCCAAUGAUCGUAGCUGAUAACUGCUGAUUUCUCUACUUAUGGAAUGGAGGAACUAUGUCAGCUAUUUGCAUACAUUCCUAAUAGAUGAGUCAGUCUCUUAAACCUGCUUUUUGUAGCCUUAACCUAUGCACAGUGGCACAAAUAACUCCCCGUGGUUAGAUUAUUGUGUUGUCUUUUAUUAACAGUAAUUGUACUUUCAGAAGUCAGGUUUGCUAGUCACUUCUUAAGCAGGUCUCAGCUUUGAGCUUAUUUAUGAGGUCUCAAAGCAUUUAUUCUUUGACAAGCACAGAGAAGCAGGUUGACUGACCCUGAGGAAUAGCACUGUGUUUUCCAAGAGUGACAGCAUCAAGUAUGCAGUUUUGUAUGCUAAAGGGUAAGUGCUUCAAAAGAUGACAACAUCGCACCAAAGCUGUUCCAGGUUCAAUAAAGGCAGUGGCGUUGUGAGCUCUGGAGGGUCUUCCAACCUGCCAAGCCCGACAUUCCUCACUAUUUUAAGGGUGGGAGCACUGCACCCUGCCAUGCCACUAUUUCCUUCGGUCGCCCAUCUGCCUCCUUGCUCUACCUCUGUCUCCUCCUCCUCCUCCUGCUGCCACCGUCAUUGCUCCUUGGCACUCGCAGAGGGGAGUAAAUAGAUGGACUGGUUCCUCCAGCCUAUCUAUCCACCUCAAGUGCUGGCCAGAAAAUGGUUGACGCGCAUGCGCCCUGAUGCAUCAGGCACAUGAAUGGUCGCUGCCAUUUCCCAGCUGGUGCUCAUGGCAGAUAGGUGGGCUUUUUCUGUCUCUGGCAUGUAGGAUUGGAACCUAUCUAUGUGCUCCUCACUGUGAGCACCAGUGGGGAAAUUAUGGUGGCAGCAGAGAAGGAGAUAAAGAUGGAGAAAGAGACAG